UUUUAUUCCUUUUUUUUGUCUGCUAUACUGUUUGUUAUGCUCAUACCUGUCAGGACAGAGAAUAUCAUAACAUCCCAAGAUCUUUGUUUUUAUCUGCAUACCUUACUUUUAUUCCUUGUUUUGUCUGCUAUACUGUUUGUUAUGCUCAUACUUGUCAGGACAGAUAGCUCAGUCUCCCGGAAAUUAGUUGGAGGAAAAUUUAUCUUUUUAUUUUUUGGUUUAGUCAAACUUGUAAACCAAAAUGAAUAAGAAAGUGUGUCUCGGUUUGAGUUUGCCGCAGGCCGUAGCACAGCAAGUACAAAGGCUAUAUCAGACCUGAAACUAGGAAAAUUCUACAAGGCCACAGAAUUUUCGAGCAGGAUACCAAUUAUACAUUAAAAAUUAUUUUAUCUUGCUAAGAAAAUGACCUGCCUGUUUGGUUGGCUGCCUAAAUUUCAAUUGAUGCCACUCUUAUCGCUCUAAUGGAAGCUUCUCGUUGACAAUUUUCAUUCCCCUUUGGUCAAAUACUCACUACCAAUUCUAUUAUAAUAGUUGAGUGAGAUAACUUCCAUCUAUUUUGUUUUUCCCCUUAACUCAAUACUUGAUGAACAGUCUUCCUUUCAAUCCUCUCUUUGUGAAAAUGCGACCACAUCUCCUUCUGGCCAUGUCUUGGUUUAUCCUGUUCAUAACCAUAAUCUUUGUCUGUGGUUUCACACUUGUGUUCUCUGCUGAUGAUGAGCGGUAUCUAAUCUGCAGAAACUUGUUUGAUUGCGGAAAUAUUAAGGGUAUUGGUUAUCCUUUCUCGGGAUCCAAUAGGCCUGAUUACUGUGGCUAUCCAGGGUUCGGGCUCAAUUGCAGUAACCAAAUUCCGGAGAUCACAAUCACUCAAUCGACAUACAAAGUCCUUGCCAUCAAUAACCAGUCACGGACUAUUAACGUUGCUAGAACAGAUUACAGAGAAAAUCUCUGUCCUACUCUCCUACUCAACACAACUUUGAAUCCCAGUCUUCUGAAUUACACAACGGAUGAUCAUAACAUAACAAUCUACUAUGGUUGCCCCGCUCAAGGUCCGCCUACUUCCCAUCUCUUAACUCAGUUUCCAUGCAGCAUAAACACCACUGAGAUGACGGGCUACUUUACAGCGACAGACGACUUCUCUUUCCUUGGUAACCUUGCUUCUAACUUAAUCCGUUACCUGGAAUCCUGCGACAACAGUGUUAAAGUUCAAGUACGUCAAUCAGCUCUUGAGCCAAUUAUAGCAAAUGCAACUGUAGCAAAGUUGCUUGGAGCUCUUAAUCAAGGUUUUGGGCUGGUGUGGAAUGCAAAUGAUACCUUAUGUGAUACAUGCAAUUCUUCUGGUGGUCAGUGUGGGUACGACCAGACAACUAAAGCAUUCGCUUGCUAUUGUGCCGAUCAACCUCGAGAUUUUAAUUGCCUACCAUCACCACCUAGUCAGUCAACAAAGAAGAUCUCUAACCCAGAUUCACUUAAAAUAGGACUUAGCAUAGCAGGUACUGUUGUCGGUGUCUUUUUGGGAUGCUGGAUCAUGACCAUUAUACAACGGAAGAGAAGAAAAGCUGCCCUACUGAAAAGCAAAGACCUUCCUAUAGCAGCUACUCCGUCAAGAAAAGGCCUUGCUACUUCAACUAACCUCUCUCAAACCACCCCUUCUCUUACCCCCUCAAAGUCUGACAUUGGUAAGGGCAGUACCUACUUUGGAGUGCGGGUGUUCAGCUACAAUGAACUUGAGGAAGCCACUAAUUGUUUUGAUUCUUCAAAAGAACUUGGAGAUGGAGGGUUUGGCACUGUUUACUAUGGAGUACUCAGGGAUGGCCGUGUGGUUGCUGUCAAGCGCCUAUAUGAGAGCAACAUGAGACGUGCUGAGCAGUUUAUGAAUGAAAUUGAGAUCCUAGCUCAUUUGCGGCACAUGAACCUGGUGGAACUCUAUGGAUGCACCUCAAGGCAUAGCCGAGAGCUUCUACUUGUUUAUGAAUACAUUCCUAAUGGAACUGUCGCUGAUCAUCUUCAUGGAAGACAGUCGAACUCUGGUUUGCUCACUUGGCCUUUUCGGUUGAGCAUUGCUAUAGAGACAGCCAGUGCACUUGCAUACCUCCACGCUUCAGAUGUCAUACACCGUGAUGUCAAAACCAAUAACAUUCUCCUAGACAACGACUUCCAUGUGAAAGUGGCUGAUUUUGGUUUGUCGAGAUUGUUCCCAACUGAUGUUACUCAUGUAUCGACUGCUCCACAAGGAACGCCUGGAUAUGUUGAUCCGGAGUAUUAUCAAUGCUACCAACUGACGGACAAGAGCGACGUUUACAGCUUUGGUGUGGUCUUGAUUGAGCUGAUAUCAGCUUUAGAAGCAGUGGACACCAAUAGGCAUCGGCAUGAUAUUAAUUUGUCCAUCAUGGCAGUGAAAAAAAUCCAAAACCAUGCUUUAAAUGAGUUGGUUGAUCCAUUUCUUGGAUUUGACAAGGAUUUCGUGGUGAGGAAGAUGGUAACAUCAGUUGCAGAAUUAGCUUUCCGGUGUUUGCAACAACAGAGGGAAAUGAGGCCUACUAUGGAGGAAGUGUUGGAGAUCCUGAGGAGAAUUGAGAAAGAAAAUUACGGAGCAGAAAAGGCAGAUGAAUUGGAUAUUCGUGAGGAUGAUGUUGGUCUAUUGAAGCAUCCUCCUCCUCCACUUCAACUUUCACCAGAUUCUAUGAGUGAUCAAUUUUGAGCAAGCAGUUCUUCAACUACAACACCGCAUUCCUACUAGUUGUAGAGAUAUCCUUAUCCUUUGUGCUUAAAAUAUGUGAGUAGAAAUUUCAAGUGUUGUACAAUCAAUGAGAUUGAGUUUUACUAUCUUCUCUUGGUUGGUAUUGUUAUGAUGAAAUAAUCGCAUGAUUGAUAUGCUUGUGGACUGACAUAGAACUUAUAAAUUAUGCGGGAAUUCGUGAUUUUCUAUCAGAAGGUUAACAGAACUACAUUUGUACCAAA